UCCCCUCCCUCCGCCGCCCUCCCCAAAGUUGCCGUCUCCCCCGGGGCCGGACAGUCUUAUGAUCCAGCGGAUCCUCCUGGGGAGGCCGGGCCGGGGAGAGGGCGCGGGCGCCGGGCGGUGGGGGCAGAGGGCGGGCGCGGCGACCGGGGCCGGGCCGGGGAUCCCGGCAACGACCGAGGCGGCGGCAGCGCCCCGGGCCCGCCGCCCCCUCCCCUCCGGCGAGGGGAGCCGCUGCAUGGGGCCGGGGGGGUGGCCCUGCUGCGCCGAGCGGCGGCGACGGCGGCGGACCCCCCAGGCGGGCUGGGGCUGAGCCCGGGGCCGGGGCGGGGGCUCCGGGGGGACCAUGCCCGGAGGCCGGCCGGCCGCAGCAUGGCUCACGGGCCCGGCGCGCUGAUGCUCAAGUGCGUGGUGGUCGGCGACGGAGCGGUGGGCAAGACGUGCCUGCUCAUGAGUUAUGCCAACGACGCCUUCCCGGAGGAGUACGUGCCCACCGUCUUCGACCACUACGCAGUCAGCGUUACCGUGGGGGGCAAGCAGUACCUCCUGGGACUCUAUGACACGGCCGGACAGGAAGACUAUGAUCGUCUGAGGCCUUUAUCUUAUCCAAUGACUGAUGUCUUCCUCAUAUGCUUCUCUGUGGUAAACCCAGCCUCGUUUCAAAAUGUGAAAGAGGAAUGGGUACCAGAACUUAAGGAAUACGCACCAAAUGUACCCUUUUUAUUAAUAGGAACUCAGAUUGAUCUCCGAGAUGACCCCAAAACUUUAGCAAGACUGAAUGAUAUGAAAGAAAAACCUAUAUGUGUGGAACAAGGACAGAAACUAGCAAAAGAGAUAGGAGCAUGCUGCUAUGUGGAAUGUUCAGCUUUAACCCAGAAGGGACUGAAGACUGUUUUCGAUGAGGCUAUCAUAGCCAUUUUAACUCCAAAGAAACACGCAGUUAAAAAAAGAAUAGGAUCAAGAUGUAUAAACUGUUGUUUGAUUACGUGAGAAACAUCUUCAGUGGCCAAGGAAACUGUCAACUUCUCUCAGAAAGCGUGUGAAAAUGGUACAGCUAUAUGAGACCUCUCUUAGAUAAUGAAGCAAUUUAAAACUUGAAAGGAAAAAAAAAAAAACCUGUCCUCAGAAUUCUAUCAAGUUCAUUAAGAAUGUUUCUUAAA